CAGCCAUGACUUGUAUUCAGGAAAAGUGGCAAAGAAGAGAGGGACACUGGAGGGAGAUAGGCGGCGUUCAUUGUUUUCAAAAUGAAUCGGUCACAACACAGUUCACCAGAAUGCAUAGAUAGAUAGUGAGCGGGAAAAGAUCAGGUCAGCCGCACACUGGGGAUUGGGUGUGCAAUGACAGCAUACGAAUAGAGAAAAAAAAACAAGAGGAAGAAGAUAAAGACAAUUUAAUAUGAGUCGUCAGCAGCAGGAGUCCCAGGGAGUGGUUUUGACGAGUUACCAUAGCAACACCGAACUACUGCCGAAAAGCGGAAUAAUUGCAGCGGACCCCGACCCAAUGCAUCCGAGCCGCAGGAUGGGGCACUACAGUGUGCAACAGAACAACGUGUCCGAACAUGGCCUCAAAGCCACCAGCGGUGCCGCCCAACCUCCGUCGCAACAGGCCAGCCCCGUCUGCACCCGCUACCCCAAAACACAUCCCGGCAGCAGCCCCAGGUCUGACGCCAGCCCCAGGCCCCGGCCUGGCUCCCAUCCGGCCUACCAGCGCUGCAACUCCCAGGACUCUCUGGGCGAGCUUGCGAUGGACGACUACUGGAAGGAGGUGGAGAACAUCUCCUGCUCUGGGGGAGGUGAUGGGGGAGGCACGGGGAAGGGGGAGUCUGGGGGAGAGGUCCAAGAGGACGACCAGCAGAAAGUUCCAGAAGAGGGAGAGUCGGAAGAGGCGUGGCUAGCAGAGGCGGGACUUACGGGACUGUUUGAUGAUUCGCUGACUCCGGACCAGGAUCAGGAAGAGGACAGCGCCGUCUUCCUGUCCACGCUGACCCGGGCCCAGGCGGCGGCCGUGGAGCGCCGCGUGGUCUCGCUGCAGACGCUGAAGCGACGCAACCGUCAGCACGCCCCCGACGUCAGGGACAUCUUCAGAGCCCCAGAGACGCACGCGCCCGCUAAGGCAUAGAAGAGUGAGAACCAAGAAAAAGAUGUGGCUUUUAAUGAGACGGAGACCGAAUGGAAUGACAAGUUAUCCUUCUCAGAGCAGGCACUCGACUACAAGGAGCACAGUCAAAGGUUAAAGGUCAUGUCCAGUCCAAAACCUCUGCACUCACCUGAUGACAAACUACCGAACUUCAAGUUGAUUCAGGAUAAGACGGGCCAGACCCGAAUAGGAGACCUUUCUUCACUGGAUAUGAAAAAGGUGCGACGGUUGGUGCUUAUUGAGAUGACAGCCCUCUUUGACACUUGUGGGAUAGACCCCAAAUCCCACAAAGCUGUUAAAGUCAAGGCUAAAGAGAGCGGUCUUUUCGGCGUCCCCCUCGCCACCCUGCUGGAUCAGGACCAGAGGCGGCUGCCUGGGACCAGGGUGCCUCUCAUACUGCAGAGGUUAAUCAGUCAUAUCGAGGAGGAGGGGCUGAACACGGAGGGGUUACUACGGAUCCCCGGAGCGGCCACUAGAGUCAAGUCAGUGUGCCAGGAUCUGGAGUCUGGUUUCUACGAAGGCGUGUUUCCCUGGCAACAGCUGAAACAGCACGACGCCGCUAGCCUUCUGAAGAAGUUCAUCCGGGAUCUUCCUCAUCCCCUGCUGACCGUCAAGUACCUCAACGCCUUCAUCGCUGUCGACAAGCUCCCAACAAGGAAGCAACAGCUGCAUGCCUUAAACCUGCUGGUUCUACUUCUGCCCGAGACCAACCGAGAUACCCUGAAGGUGUUGGUGGAGUUUUUCCAACGGGUGAUCGACCGUCAGGCCCAGAACAAGAUGACACUCAACAACGUCUCCGUCGUCAUGGCGCCCAACAUGUUCAUGUUCAAAGGGUACCGCUCCAAGGUUACCGGACAGCAGGAGAUUUCCAUGGCAACAAGCACUGCUAAUAUUGUGCGGCAGCUGAUCAGAUACCAGAGACUUCUGUGGACAAUCCCCAAGUUCAUCCUGACGCAGGUCCGUCAACAGAACACGGAGAACCAGCAGAAGUUGAACAGGGAGGGGGCGGUGAGGAAGCUUCUGAAGAAGAUCGCCAUCGACAGACCUACCGAGAAGGCCGUUAAUGAGGAGGGUUCAGUUGGUUUUAUCCGGGUCCAGGCGCCACAGUUCAACAAAGUCUCCAUGGCGGUCCAGCUCACAGAAGAGUUACAGGCUGCUGACGUGCUCACAAGGUUCCUGAGCCAGGACCGUUCAGUGCCUGUGAAGCGGGAAAAUUUGUGUCUCUACGAGAUUGGUGGGAAUCUCAAGGAGCGGUGUCUGAACGAGGCGACGUACAUGAAGGACCUCUUCCAGCUGAACCCCGCAGCAGAGUGGGUCAUCAAGACUGUGCAGCGGUGAUGAGACCCACACACCUGAUUCCUGGACCCUCUAAUUGGGCCCUGUUUGGGGGUGCAGCAGGCUCUUAUUGGGAUAGAGAUGUAAAAUGGUACUCUCUAGUUGUGGCUCUGGGUUGAAGAUGACUAGGACUAGGCACUAGGAAGAGAGGGCGGAGCCACGUAAGUGUGCAGACCGACAGAACCCUGCUGAUGGCAAAAGGCACCAUUUAGGACUAGAACGUGUAUAUAGUCUGUGAAUAUGUUUUUUGGUUCCCAUUUGCCUCAUGUUCAUUUGAUGAAUUGUACCCUUCUGUGACCACUAUUUUCGGGUACAAAAAUGGUUCAUUAGAUACCAACGAUUUAUUGAAUGCUUCAUGUCCUUAUUUAGUAGUAUGAAAAGCACUUGAUAAAACCCCAUAUACUUCCUGUAUUAUUUUUAUAAUAUGGCCACAGGACAGCAAUUAGUUUCUAUACGUCGUCACAAUGGUAUUGUGAUUAAAAGCUGUUAUUUGUUGAAAUUAUAUUCAUAACAAGCACACCAUUUAAAAUCAACCAAACCCUUUCAUUGUUAAAUCGAUUUAAAUUAAAUCGAAAGACGAGUGACUGCAUUUCUGAACCACUACGAAUGACAACAGUUUCUGCCAAACAUAACGGCCUAUAGCCUACUGUAGAAUCACAGUACUACUGGGAGAAUCUACAGACCUAGGGGGUUUAGUAUGAGACUACAAUAGACAUUUCUGAUAGUGGUCUAAGCACUUGUAGUUAGACGUGUCAUUCUCACAGUUUCACAUGUUUCAGUGUGAUAGUGUUUCAAUGUGAUGAAAUUCAAUGAAAUAAGUUUCAUCCCAUAAUAAGAUUAACCACGAUUUGAACGAAGUAUCGUAUUUGGGAUGUAGAAAUAACCACUCUGAAACACAAAAUAAAAACGUCAAGUUCAGGACAAAGAUUGAUGUUUUGGUGCACUCAGUAAUAAAAGAUUGUUGAAUGAUUUAUGAAAAAAUGUCAAACUAGACUGAUCUAGUUGACUUGAAAGAUGGCUUAUUGAGUUGGAUCGGGAUUUGAAGUCCUCAGUAAAAACAUUCAAAUACAUUUUUUGGCGAUAUUUAAAAAUGGGUGGUAGGGCUUAACUUAAAGUGUGCCUUCCUCUGUGCAAUUUGAUGUCGAUCAAUACUGUUAAGUGUAAAGAUGUCACCAAUUUUAGGUUGUUUUUAAACUGAACUGACUUUACCGUGAAUAUUUUUUUCAUCGAAAGACAUGCAUUUGUAUAAUAACCACUUCUGAAAUGACCACUAAAACUCUGUAAAUAAAUAAUGUAGACUAAU